AUGGCGAGUAGGGCCGCAAAAGGAACCACUGGAGGGUUUUCGUUCGACUUUUUGUCGUCAGAUGAUAGAGCACCCUUUCCUGAGUCAAACCACACGUCUCAUUCCACGGAGCUGUGCCAAGAUACUGACAGUGAACGUCGUCCUUUGGUGUGGAUCAAAAAUGUCACAGAGCUUCUUUUGGAUCGAUCGCAGGAAGAAAUUGUGUUUGACGAGAUUCCUUGGCCAUCGAAUGAUAAGAGCGAUGAUGAUGACACGGUCGCAAACGAAGUGCUGCAUACCUUGAAAUGUUUGGCACCUGUACGUCGAGUAGAUCAUCAUUCGUCGUCAUUCGUUGAUCAGAGGGAAACUACUGGCAUCAACUUAGGCUUUGAGAGUCAGAUAGACACCUGGCAGAACACAGACAUAGAGCCGGGUGUUUACGAAGGCGGCAUGAAAGUGUGGGAAUGUAGUAUCGACCUAGUUCGCUACCUUGCAACUCAGGAGAUUCGACUGGAUCCGAACCAAUUCGCAAUCGAGCUCGGAUGUGGCCAUGGUUUGCCGGCGUGCUAUUUACUACGGGAAAGCUUACGGGCAUCCCGCAGAGCAGAUUUCAAUGACGAUGAGGCUUUUAAAAUCAUAUUUACUGACUACAACGACUAUGUGCUCAAAGACGUGACUAUUUCAAACAUGUUCAUCAACAUUGUUCAGCAAGUAUCGAAUGAAACCAUCAAAGCGUCCGAUGCCGACCUUAAGCGCGUGGGCGAAAGUGUUCUCCUCGGUGCCGGGGAUUGGAUGAACUUGUCGCGGCAGUUGACAAACGCAGAUGCAGGGGAUCUGCCACUACCCAAGGAUGGCCAUUUCGAUUUAAUUUUGGCAGCUGAGACGCUUUAUUCAGAGAUAACUGCACGUGAGACUGCACAAUGGUUUAGUCGACACCUGAAACCUAACUCCGGCGUUGGUCUGGUGGCGAGUAAGCGAUAUUACUUUGGCGUCGGUGGUGGCGUCGAUACUUUUCGGAUGACGGCGCAGUCGCUCGAUUUGCUGGUGGAAACGGUAAAAAUAUAUGACAACGGCUCUAGCAACAUUCGGGAACUGCUGCGUGUGCAAAAGGUAUAA